CACAAAAGAAAGUAGAAGUACUGAGAUCAAAUAAAGGACAGCGUGACAUCGCAACGCCAAAUCUCAAUGAAGCGACUAGGUCGUUGGCAAGCCAUAUCACCUGGUCUCUGGUACCAUCGCACACCAACUGCAGGUUACUUUAAUAAUAAUAACGAUUUGACGGAUCAUUGACUCUAACGGAUAUCCACUCCACGACGGGUUGCGUUUUCUACCACUCCUCUCGAUUUCACGACUAUUAUGAGAAAAUAAACAGCCGCGAAGAACAACCGAGGAAGAAUAGCAACUCCCGACCACAAAAAGUGGCAUGGGCCUGAUAGCAGCCUGUGUCCCGCUCACAAAUUGCGACCCCAGCUCUCUAGCAGACACAGGCCACGAACCUCUAUAUAGUACUACGGCGUCACUUGCGGAAGCCAACGACGACAUCAAUUUGCAGCUUCUAUCUCAGGCAUGGAGAAGAGCAGGGUUCUUGUAGUUGGUGGCACUGGCUACAUCGGCAGAAGGAUUGUGAAGGCGAGCUUAGCUCAGGGCCACGAGACCUACGUCCUGAUGAGGCCGGAGAUCGGCCUCGACAUCGACAAGCUCCAUAUACUUCUGGCGUUCAAGGCGCAAGGAGCACGUCUCGUCGAGGCGUCGCUUGACGACCACCACGCCCUCGUCGCCGCCGUGAAGCAGGUGGACGUGGUGGUGUCGGCCAUGUCCGGGGUUCACUUCCGUAGCCACAACCUCAUGCUGCAGCUCAAGCUGGUGGAGGCUAUCAAAGAAGCUGGAAAUGUCAAGCGUUUCCUACCAUCUGAAUUCGGCAUGGACCCAGCAAGGAUGGGUCACGCCCUUGAACCAGGAAGGGUCACAUUUGAUGAGAAGAUGGAGAUAAGGAGGAGGAUAGAAGAAGCAAACAUUCCCCACACCUACAUUUCAGCGAAUUGUUUUGCUACUUACUUUGCUCCUAACCUGUGUCAAAUGUCUACACUUCUUCCACCCAAAGAGAAAGUUCACAUAUAUGGAGAUGGCAAUGUCAAAGUGGUAUUCAUGGACGAAGAUGACGUCGGGACAUACACAAUCAAGUGCAUUGAUGAUCCACGGGCCUUGAACAAGACAAUAUACCUAAGACCGACAGAGAACAUCCUUAGUCAAAAUGAGUUGAUUGCUAAAUGGGAAAACCUCUCAGGAAAGGUUCUUGAGAAAAUCCCCAUUACAAGUGAUGAAUUCUUGGCGUCAAUGGAAGGUAUGGACCUUGCUAAUCAGGUGGGGGUAGGACAUUACUACCACAUUUUCUAUGAGGGUUGCUUGACAAACUUUGACAUCGAGGAGGAUGGGGAAGAAGAGGCUUCUCUGCUCUACCCAGAAGUUCAAUACACCAGGAUGGACGAGUGCAUGAAACGCUAUCUGUAAACACACAACACGUGGUGCACACCACCUAUGUUCACAUAAAGUUUCAUGCAUAUGUUACUUUCACCGUGUUCAAAUUAUUCAGGUUAUAACCAAGUCAAUAAUUUGUGAUCUACCAUCUAGUGGUUCCUUGGAAGUGUCCUAUAAUUUAGAUUUCUAUUCAAGUUAAGUGAAUACUAUGUUAGUUUGUAAUAGUUACGAAUUAUGUGUCUUGUAACUUUCAAAUUGUGAAAUCUUUAUUGUUGGUUACUCAGUUUGGACUUUUUGUAAUGAGCUUGUAUGUUUUUAUUUGGAUUCUA